AUGUCUGUUCUAUUCGAAACGUCCCUCGGAGAUAUCGUGAUGGACCUAGAGGUAGAUCUGUGCCCCAAAACAUGCGAGAACUUCCUCAAGCUUUGUAAAGUCUAUUAUUACAACCUCAAUGCCUUUUUCAACGUCUCCAAAGAUUUCCUAGCUCAAACCGGUGAUCCUAGUGCGAGCGGAACAGGUGGAGAAUCCGUGUGGUCGUACAUUGCAUCUCAACGUGACGGACAGUCUGCUUCUCGAUACUUUACUCCCGAAGUUGUCCCUAGACUGAAGCAUACGCAUAAAGGGACCUUGUCAAUGGCCAUAGCGCCUUCUCUAAAUGGUGACAAAGGUGGCUGCGGAAGCCAGUUUUUUAUUACGCUCGGUGACAACAUUGAUUACCUCGACGGCAAGCAUGCUGUUUUUGGGCACGUUGUGGAGGGACUAGAGACAUUGGAUAAACUCAAUGACAUUUUUACCGACCAAGACGGAAGACCGUUUAAAGAUGUGCGCAUCCGGCACGUCAUCGUCCUCGAUGAUCCGUUUCCCGAUCCUGAAGGUCUGAUCCAGCCUCCCUCCUCCCCGAUACGCCCCCCAGACAACUCCACUAGGAUUGCUGAAGAUGAGGAUCCACUUGCGACACUGCCAGAAGAAGAGGAAGAGCGUGAACGCAGGAAACAAGCCGCUGCGGCAUCGGCUCUGACGUUGGAGAUGGUGGGAGAUCUCCCAUUUGCAAACGUCCGACCACCGGAAAACGUGCUCUUCGUAUGCAAGCUGAACCCCGUCACGCGCGACGAGGAUUUGGAGCUAAUCUUUUCUAGGUUUGGUAUCAUUAUGAGCUGCCAGGUUCUAAGAGAUAAGAGAACGGGAGACUCGUUGCAGUAUGCGUUUAUAGAAUUUGAUAAACGCGAAGACGCAGAGCAGGCUUACUUCAAAAUGCAAAACGUUCUAGUGGACGAUCGACGGAUAUGGGUUGACUUCUCGCAAUCGGUGGCACGGCUUAAUACCUCUUGGUCGAAUGAUCCCAAGAUUGGGCCACGACGAAAGCAGGCGAAGGGGGGAUUCGCCGGAAGAGAAGAUCUGGAGGAGACCCGGCGGUACAGAGCAGGUGGAGAGCACGAUCGGGAUGGCUAUGGAAUGGUAUUCGAAGUCCCGGGGGGUAGGGAGUCCGGACGGCGGGGCAAGCGGAGCAGAAGCAGAGGACACGAACGUGAAAGAGACCAAUCCCCGCGUGACCGGCGGCGUCGACGGUCACGAUCACCGGUGCCAGCACCAAGCGAAAGGGAGCGGCGCCGGAGCAGAGACCGACGUUAUGGGGAGCGUUACCGGUAG